AUGUUUCAUUACAAAGGAUGCAAAGGUACAAAGACAAAAGCGGCCGCGCCAGAGGAUGGGACAGGGACGGCCGAGUAUGCCCUGAGCCGCCUGCCCCCGCCCACUGUGGCCACCCACGAUCACGGCCCACGGGACAUCCGUGGCAAAGUAUACAUGCUGGGGUUGGGGGAGAGCCAGCCUGGGCACAGAGGGGCACAGGCGGGAAAAGGGCUCGGACCAGCAGGUUUGCAUAUAUUAGUGGGACCACGCAGCCCCUUGGGGGCAGUUUCCUACUUGGGCACAGCAGGGCCAGCGGACCUUGGCUGCCAAAGCACUCCCUCCUCAGGCCUGGUGGCCAAGGCCAUGGCUAAGUCCCCUUGUCCCUGGUGGGCAGAAGGUCAGAAGUGCUUGAUGGCUGGGCUACGCUGGGCAUGGAUUGGCCCCAAAUUCCAGAACACUUCAAGAUGGGGGCUGCCCUCGAACCCCAACACGUGCCACCUGUCCCUGGCUCCUGGGGAUGGGGUGCUGGCCAGGAGCCCAGAAGGUGGAGAGAGCCUCUGGAAUCGUCGGAGCCAGCACCACCCUAAGGCCCAGCCCCUGCCCUCUAUCCUGCCCAGGAGGAGCCUGGGGCCUGAGACCUGCAAGUCUGAGAAAGUGACAGGAGAGAAACUGAGGCUAGGGUCAGGAGGCACUGGCUCCUGCCCCACCCCUGCUCUCAGGACCUCCCUAGCACCCAGCCCUGGUGGUGCAGCUUACUCCACCUCCUGCUCCCAAGGGGAGAGUGGUGUCUGUGGCCAGUGGGGAUGGGUGGACACCUGUGCCACAUGGAGGGGUAUGGGGUGCCUGACCCCUGCCUGGUCAGGACCCCAGAAGGCCAAGAGCCAUGGAGAACAGGACACUUGGCUCAGGUGGAGCUGGCUGGGGAACAUCCCAGGGACCCCCAAAUCACAUGCCGCAAGAUCCCCCCAGGAAAUGGAAGCCCCUGGUCCAUGGUGAAUGGGGGUAGAAAGAGGCCCAGGUGUCCACGUAGCCCAGGCAGGCCUCCCAGGGUAAGGGAGGGGCCAAGUCUUGUCCCUGCUUUCAGGCUGUACGCCCUGUCCCAGAGCAGCACCUGCAGGUGACAGGCCAGGCCCGGGGCACCUCUGUGCCAUCGGUUUGUGGCCCUUGCACUGAGAGCCCGUGUCCCACUCCACAUGGUGGGCCCCUCGGCCUCUGAGACGGCUCCAUCAGGACCCAGUGAAGGUGAUGGGAGCUGCUGUUUUCAGGGCCAGGCGACAGAGGACCCCCGAAUACUGCUGGACUUCAUUCUGCCAGCCUAUCCCUGGUCGGGGGUGCUCCUUGGAAAUACAGAAACCUCAGGAAGCAGGUCGCAGCCUGAGUUAGGGUGUUUGUUUAAAAACCAGCUCAAGGCCCGCCUGAGGGGGGCGCCAGAGCACCCUCUAGGGAUGGGUCCUGCCGAGGAUGGUCAGGCCUGGGACACUGGGCAGAAGUGGCUCACACCUGUAGCCCCAGAACUUUGGGAGGCCAAGGAGGGAGGAUUGCUUGAGCCCAGGAGUUCAAGACCAGCCUGAGCAACACAGCAAGAUCCCAUCUCUGAAAAAAUAAAAUAGAAGCAACCCAUGGGCCUCUGGCAGGCUCCUGUCCCAAGUGACCGGGCUAGGGUGAGGUCCCAGCUCAGAGCCCCCAAGCCUGACAUCCAGGCCCCAGCAGGAGGGAUGGAUGGACAUGGGGGACCCUCCUGGCUAGGGGUCCUCCUGGGAGCUUGGCCCCCUGAAAAAAUCAGACCAAACACACCAAUGUCAAUACCUUCCUCCCCAGAGCUGAAAACCCAUGAGCAGGGCCCUGAUGCAGGCAGAGAACCCUCUUCCCUGGAGGACUCAGAGAGAGGCUGACCUGGGGCUCCACCCUCCACUUACAAGACUUGCCACCCUGGGGAGUGAUGGAGGGAAACAGGCAGGUGGGGACAUCAUGCUCUCAGGAGAGCCCUGCCUGAAUGUCACCUUAGGGGACCGGUGUGCACAGCGCAGGGGCUGCAGAAGCCAGGAGCACGUGGGUGGGUCGGGGAGCAUCCUCUGACCCAUUGUGGACCAAGUAUCUGGGCCUGACCAAGGACGUAGGCAGUGGGUCUCUGUACACACCACAGCCCCGUAUGUGGGCCCGUCCCUCAGGAAGCAGCUCGUCAAAUCACAACAUGUUCACAUCACAAUGCAAAAGUCUGAUUCCCUUAAGCCGUCUUGUUUCAGAAAGUCUUGGCAACUCAAGAAUAUGUUAGUGAUAUUUUUAAAAGCCCACAGGUACACACACACACAAAAGGCUGUGAUGCAGAGCCUGGGAGGCCUGCCCAGGUCCAAGAGGGGCGUGAACCCUUCUGGAACGCAGGGACACCCGGCUCCUGGCUCCUGGCUGGGCCCCACCUUCCCUGGAAGCUCAGACCUCAGUCUACCAGGUUCUCAUUGGAAGAGAACUCUGUAACGGACCGAGGUCUUCACCUUAGCACAGUGACACCAUGCACCUGGCCUCAGGAUGCUGGAAACGGGCUUCGGGCCUGGGACGCUCUGAGGUGGGGCCCGUCCUCUACUAACUAUACCAAAGACCUGGGGAUAAGCAGUGGCACCGGCCGGAGGCUGGACAGAUGGAGAAUGAGGGCUGACAAGGUUUCCUAGUGAGUCCUCAAUGCCUUGUUUUGAAAACCGCAUCCAGGCGGGUUGCUUGUAAUUUUAAGGCCAUUUUUUAAAAGUCCCACAUACAAGUCUAAUGGUAAUCAAACUCUCCUAUGUACAUAUAGUUUUUCUUUAAAAAAAAAAAGUCCCCACUGUCUGCCUCCAGCCUCCGUUGUGGUAAAGGAAAGGGGUCUUGACCCAGACAGACACCGUGUCCCCCACCCUGCACCUCGGCACAAGACGGCAAUGGGAGCGACUGACCAGGAGCCUUCUGAGCGGCCGCUUGCACGUAUGCUAACGGCGAUGCCUGGGAGAGGAGGGACAAUGGCCGCUAGGAUCAAACCCGUCCCGAGGAUGGAGGCCAGGGUGCCCAGGACCCCAGUGAAAGCGGCGGCCAUGACAUCACAAAGAAAUGCACCCAGCAGAAGGCGCUGGCCAGGCAGGCAGGGGCGAGUGAGAGCCACAAUGCAGUUUUGGGGGGAUCAGAACAGCGGUUCCUAUUCCAAGAACAACAGAAAACAAAGCCAGCCCGGAUGCCUCCCUCGAAGGGACCGUGGUAUGGAGGGGCUAGGAGGCUCCCAGGUGCCCCGACUGUCAUCCUGGCUUUGGAGGUGCUCCUGAAACCUGCCACUAAAACGCACUGUGUCUCCAUGUCCACCUGCCACGACUCUGAGCUGCCAAGGGGUGGUUGGCAGACCACGCUGCCUGAAAGAGGGGGCGUGGCUCGGAGCCAGAGGGUUGGCAGGGAGGGGACAAAUGCCAGCCCCACUCGGGUUCUCAGGGAGGACCAUGGGACUCAUCUUGGGGACCCUCGCUCCCUGCCAGCUCUCGUAGAGCAGAGAGGUCUCGGCCACCACUGGUCACCGGGUCUUCACACACACAUAUAAGGACUGGCAGGCACCUCUGGGAGAGGCCGGCGGGGCUAGGUCUUCAAGAGACCCUCAAUAAACAUCAAGGCCCCUUUACAGAAGUCGGGAAUGCGGCCCUGGCAGAGGUGCCUCUGGCUACUGUGAGCUCCUGCCAAGUCCCUGUCCGGCCCUGCCCGACUAGCCCUUUCAUUUUGAGAUAACUUGGGGUGAAACCCAAAAGCCAGACACACCGCUUAGACUCAGGUGGGUGGCGGGCUGCUCCGGGGCAUGUGGCCUCCAAUUCCAGUUAGCUUAAAAACAGGUAAGGCUGGAUUUCUGGAUUAAAAACAUGCUCUCAGGAAAGCGUUGCCUUAAAGGUUAAGCGACUCAUCUACAACCAAAAUGUAAAUAGAAACCAAAAGGAAAAAAACCACAGUGAAA